AUGCAUAUCCUGCUUGUCAACGACGAUGGCCCCCCAAAUUCCCGUGUAUCACCCUACGUCAGGCCCCUCGUGAACGCCCUCCAAGCAUCAGGCCACCAAGUCUCAGUCGCAAUCCCAGCAGCCUCCCGCUCCUGGAUCGGCAAAGCCCAUAUUAUCGAAGCCUCCCUAACCGCCAGCUACGUACACCCUGAUUCCUUCCGGGAAGACGGCACCUGGGAUGAAACCCCCACUCCACAAGAUGACUCCGACUGGGUGGUUAUCCAAAACGGCACCCCAGCCAGCUGCGCCCAGCUAGGUUUGUACAACCUGUUUACCGACCGACCGCCCGUAGACCUCGUGAUCUCGGGCCCCAAUCAUGGUCGCAAUGCGUCUACUAUCUACAAUUUGUCGUCGGGCACCGUGGGCGGGGCCCUGGAGGCUGUUUUCUGCGGGAAGCGCGGGAUCGCUAUUUCGUUCGGUAGUAAGGAUCCGCAGACCGAUGUGGUCAUUGCUGCCGCGGCGCGCUUGGCGGUUCGCCUUGUUGAUCAUCUGUAUGCGGUCUGGGAUGAGCGGGUGGAGUUGUAUAAUAUCAAUAUUCCUAUGCGCGAGGAUGUUGAGAGGAGACCUGUGUUGUAUACCCGGACGCUGCCGUAUUAUUGGUCGCGGGGGUGUCUGUAUGCCGAGACUGGGGCGGAGAAGAAGUUGACCAAUGGGUUGACCAAUGGGUUGACCAAUGGGUUGACCAAUGGUGGUCAUUGCAAUGGGGUUAAUGGGCAUACUGAGAAGCAACCCAGACAGCGCACUUUCAAGUGGUCGGCUGAUCUGUCGGAUAUGAAGAAGAGGUUGCAGGAGAGUGAAGAGGGUACCGAUGCGCAUACCGUGUUGGAUGGGUCUACUAGUGUGACGGCUCUGCGGGCCAACUUCUGGCAUGUCCCCGGUCUUGAGGGGCCUUUGACCCUGGACUCAUAA